AUGAAGUACAGCCUGAGUCAGAGGCUGUGGAGGUGGCAGGCAGCGCGGCUCAGGCUGGCAGAGGAUGCUCGUGGUGCGAGCGCUCGCUGGGUCCAGGAGGCAGCGCAGAGAGAAGUGAGGCUGGGGGCCGGCAAGCAGAUCUUAACUCCACGUUCUGCCUGUCCGUCCCACCACCGACUCCUCCAAGCAAGGACCCUGCCCAUCCCGCCCUGCGCCAGGAUGAACGAGAUCCCGGACCUGGCAUCCCAGUCCUCCCUGGGGGUGGUCUCUGCCACCUGUGUCUCCAAAGUGGAGCUGCGGGUCAGCUGCAAACACCUGCUCGACCGGGACACGCUCAACAAGUCAGACCCCUGUGUGGUGCUGCUCAUGCAGUCCCAGGGCCAGUGGAUGGAGGUGGACAGGAGUGAGAUCAUCAAGAGCAACCUGCACCCCGUCUUCUCCAAGGUCUUCACAGUGGACUAUUACUUCGAGGAAGUGCAGAAACUGCGGUUUGAGGUGUACGACAGUCAUGGGCACUCCAGCCUCGGGACACACGAUGAUGACUUCCUGGGGGGCAUGGAGUGCACCGUGGGCCAGAUCGUGGCCCAGAAGCGGGUGACCAAGCCGCUGUUUCUCAAGUACGGGAAGUACGCCGGCAAGUCCACCAUCACGGUGCUGUCAGAAGAGAUUUCUGGCAACAAUGGCUACGUGGAGCUGGCGUUCCGGGCCAAGAAGCUGGACGACAAGGAUCUCUUCAGCAAGUCGGAUCCUUUCCUGGAGCUCUACCGGAUCAACGACGACGGGAGCGAGCAGCUGGUGUAUCGCACUGAGGUGGUCAAGAACAACCUGAGCCCCGUGUGGGAGCCGUUCAAGGUCUCGCUGAACUCACUGUGCAGCUGUGAGGAGAAGAGGAAGCUGAGGUGUGUCGUCUGGGACUACGACUCCCGGGGAAAACAUGACUUCAUCGGAGAGUUUUACACCACGUUUGAGGAAAUGCAGAAAGCGAGUGGGGAGAACAAGGUGCAGUGGGACUGCAUGAAUCCAAAGUACAAAAUCAAGAAACGAAAUUACAAGAACUCAGGCGUGGUCAUCUUACUGGAUCUGAAGCUCCACAGGGUCUACUCCUUCCUGGAUUACAUCAUGGGCGGAUGCCAGAUCCACUUCACGGUGGCUAUUGAUUUCACAGCGUCGAACGGGGACCCCCGGAACAGCUGCUCUCUACACUACAUCAACCCCUACCAGCCCAACGAGUACCUGAAGGCACUGGUGGCAGUGGGAGAGAUUUGCCAGGACUACGACAGCGAUAAGAAAUUCUCCGCCUUAGGGUUUGGUGCGAGGAUCCCGCCCAAGUACGAGGUUUCCCAUGAUUUCGCCAUCAACUUCAAUCCGGAUGAUGACGAGUGUGAAGGAAUUCAGGGCGUGGUGGAAUCCUACCAGAACUGCCUGCCGAAAAUCCAGCUCUACGGCCCCACCAACGUGUCCCCCAUCAUCUCCAAGGUGGCCAGGGUGGCGGCAGCGGAGGAGAGAACGAAGGAGGCUUCUCAAUACUACAUCCUGCUGAUCCUGACGGAUGGGGUGGUGACCGACAUGGCGGACACGCGGGAGGCCAUCGUGCGGGCCUCCUACCUCCCCAUGUCCAUCAUCAUCGUAGGGGUGGGCAACGCGGACUUCACCGACAUGCAGAUCCUGGACGGGGACGACGGGGUCCUGCGCUCCCCGAAGGGGGAGCCCGUCCUCCGGGACAUCGUGCAGUUCGUCCCCUUCAGAGAGUUCAAGAACGCCUCUCCCACGGCCCUGGCGAAGUGCGUGCUGGCCGAGGUGCCGAAGCAGGUGGUGGAAUAUUACAGCUACAAGGCCCUGCCGCCCCGGUGUCCCAAAGCCGAUUCGCCCAACUCCACCCUCAACUCGCCCCAGUGAGGGACCACCCCUCCAGCGCCCCUGCCCUGCUGUCAUCCCUCAGCCUGGCCCACGAUGGACAAAGAAAUAAAAGGCAAAGGAGAGCAAGAGUGUGUCACUGUCUGAAUUGUACAGGCUCCCUGCAGCAGCAAGUGCAGGGCCCCAGGCAGCCUCCCCACCACUGCCCACAUGCCACGCUGCACCCCCUGCCUCCCCCGGCCUCUGAAGCACCCAGACUGCGAGCUGAGCCAGCAGUGCAAAGGCACAUAGGAAGCGCGGGGUGGGUGGGGGGUGCCUUGCUGGUUUCUCACUCGGGCGGGGUCCCUGCUUAGUUUGACAAUGAGCUUCUAGGCGUGAUGCAGUGACCUGGCCUUGGAUGCAGAGGGGUGGGUGUUUACAGUGUGAUGGAAUCAGGCAGGCAAGGGGAGAGAGGGUGGCAGUGGCUGGUCAGCCAGCAGAGAGUGAGUGAGGGGCUGGCUGGACGGGGGGGUAGUGGGGACCAGAGCCCGCUGCCUCCAGGGCACAGGUUUGGUGGUCCCAGGAGUACUAGGAAUGGGAUAGGGAGCCUGGCUUGUGGGCUCCAGUGGCUGACAGCUCUUGGGUGAGUGACCCAUUUGUGCAGUGAGUUUGCUGGUUCUCAGGCAUCCCCAGCACCCAGUGUCUAAAGGGCUGGCUCAGUUCUGGAAAUAAAAUUUCUUAGUGAUCUGGGAGACUCCCUCUGACUGGCUGCUUCUCUCCCUUCCCCGCCUCUGGGGGAAGAGCAGUCAAUCAGAUCUGCUGCAGGGAAUACACACCUAUGCACUCAAUGUUGAGGCCUCUCUGUCUGCUCUCACACUGCUUGAUUUCCCAUCUUCUGCCCAGAACGCGGCUGGCAUCCCCAGCCCUGGACCAGCAGCCUCCCUGACUGUGGAUCAUGUCAGCAUCCCCCAGGAGUAGCCCCUGCUGCCUGUUAAAGAAACCUGGAGAGCAACCUGACCAUCCUUUGCAAUGGGUCUGGAGUGGCCUCUUACCUGGAUGGCUUGUGCCCAGCACAGCAGACGUGCUGGGGCCCCAGUUCAUUGGGCUGAGGCCAGGUGAGAACUCCCAAGGUGGCGUGAGCUGCCCCCAUAACAUGGCGCAUGCGAGCUGACGACAGUUCUGCUGCUGCCUCUGUCUGCCUCUCUCACCUGAGACCGCCCAGAGUGGGGCCCAUGUCCUGCCCCCCCUGUACUGCGCUGAGCCCCAGAAGCAGCUGGUUGCUGGGCAUUUCCCACCCACCCUUUGUAUAUCAUAUCCGAGUAUUUUAAUGAACAACAAAAAUAACCAGGAAAAUAUAUGAACCCCCAUCUUAACUGGCAGAGUCUGAUCUGCUAGGAGCCCCUCCCACCUCUGACAGCAGAGCAAUCUCAUGGCAUGGGGAGAGAGAAUGAACAGGGAGCUCGGUCCGGCCCAAGGGACAGCCACUUUGCCAGCAUUGCCUCCAGCCUGUGCAGCGAAGCAGUGACAUAGGCAUGGCUAGGCCAAAGCUGCCAGUGAAAGGGAUCCCCGACUGCUCAGUGUUGCCACUUCCCCGUCAAGUGCAUGAUGCUAGCUGGGCUCAUUCACGUUGCCAGUGGAGGCGCUGUUCCCAGCUGUGCAUAGUUCUCCAUGUACCGCGUGCUUGUCUGUCACUUAGCGUCUGCAUGACGAAUCUCCUGUUCCUGCUGUAUGGGAGGAAUGAGCCAAUAAAGGCAAUGUUGUAUUCCCCCCUGUGUUGGUACAUUUUAUUGAAAGCUGCCUGAGCAGAGCAGAGGUUCCCCGCUACUUGGGAGUCCUCUGUGCCCCCCUUGGUGCACCAAGUUAGGCACUGCUGUCCCACAGCAGGAGUAUUUCUGCCUGACCCCCGUGGCGAUCAGCUCCUCCCCUGAAGUUUGAUGAUUGAUGGCCCUUUCCAUUUGUAGCCUCAUUGAUGUCUCA